AUGGAGGACCUUCUCAGCGCCGUCUCGGCCGACGGCUCGUCCAUCAUGCCCCUCCUCGCCCGCCACCUGAGCCGACAUCUUCUCUUCCCUCUGAUCCAGUUUGAGAGCGAGAGGGCCGAUGAGCAGGGCGACGACGCAAAGGCCAAGGAGAUCCUCUCCUCAAAGAUUAAGCUCCUCGAGGACACAAACAUGACGGAUUACGUCGCGACCAUGUACUGCGAGCUCCACGGCGUGUCCGAGGCCCCCGCCGAGUACAACAAGAAGAGGCAGGAGGUGCUGUCGCAGCUGGAGAAGUACGAGCAGGCCACCGCUAAGAUCGCCGACCUCUUGACCCAGGACGAGGUUGUCAACGGACUCCGAAGCGACAAGGUUGCCAACUUGGAGUUCCUCAAGAACCAGCACGGCGUCACCAUGGAAAUGGUCAACGCCCUCUACGACUUUGGUCAGUUCCAGUUCCGAUGCGGACAGUACGGCCCCGCCGCCGAUAUGCUUUACCAGUUCCGAGUCCUGUCGACCGAUAACGACAAGGUCUCUGCUGCCACCUGGGGCAAGCUCGCCUCAGAGAUCCUCCAGACCAACUGGGAGUCUGCCGUUGACGAACUUAAGAAUGUGCGCGAAAACAUCGACUCCAAGCUGUUCAACAACCCCCGUGCCCAGCUCGACCACCGAACGAUGCUGGUCCACUGGUCCCUCUUCCCCCUCUUCAACUCUGAGAGUGCCCGGGAACCCAUCCUCGACAUGUUCUUCUCCGCCCCCUACAUCAACACCAUCCAGACCUCGUGCCCCUGGAUCCUGCGGUACCUGAUUGCCGCCGUUAUCACCGGCCGUGGUCGCGCCCGCAACAGCUCCAUCCAGCAGAAGCAGGUCAAGGACAUUAUCCGCUACGUCCGCCAGGAGGCCUACGAGUACACCGACCCCAUCACCCAGUUCGUCAACGCUCUGUACAUUGCCCACGACUUUGAGGCUGCCCGUGAGGCCCUGUCCAUGGCCGAGCAGGUCUGCCGAAGCGACUUCUUCCUCGCUUCUUCCGCCGACGCCUUUGUCGACGCCGCCCGACACCUCAUCUGCGAGAGCUACUGCAAGAUCUUUAGCCGAAUGAACAUCCGAGACCUCAGCUCCAAGCUGGGCCUGAACCCCGACGAUGGUGAGAAGUGGAUCGUCAACCUGAUCCGAGAGACACGACUGGACGCCAAGAUCGACAGCCAGGACGGCACCGUGGUGAUGAACCACCCUCCCAACAACGUCUACCAGCAGGUGAUUGAGAAGACCAAGGGCGGCUUCUUCAGGACACAGGUCCUCAACGCCGCCGUCUCAAAGUAA